AUGCCUUCCUCACAACAACAGCCUCCGAACACACCAUGGCAAGACCGACUAGCAGUGGUGUGCCGCGAAUGCCAGAUCGAGGCCCCAAUCUUCCAAAUCGUCUCUGAUCGACGAGGUGGGCGGACUGCGUGGUCUAGCGCAGUUACUGUGUACGGCAAGCGUAUCGAGGCACGUUAUUGGUACGAUGGGAGGAACCUCACCAAUGCCAGGGAGGAUGCCGCGGAGGCGGCUCUGAAUUGGCUUACGAGCCAAACAAACUUAACAACGAACUGGUAA